GCGGAAGUAGUAUUUAUUUAGCCCCAAGUAUUCUCUCAGUCUUCUUACUGCUCUCUUUCAAUCUCUAUUUCUCUGUCUGUCUGGAACCCUCAUUUCGAUUCAUAUCCUCGGCAAUUUAGCGGAAAUGUCCAGCCUUGUUGAGAGACUUCGGACUAGAACAGAUCGAAAACCUAAAUACAGCAUUGAUGAUUCGGAUGAUGAUGAUGAUGAUAAUGACGAUGAUAUUGUGCGCCGAAAACAGAGGUCUGAGAAUGAGAAUUUGGAGAGGAUAGUUAGAGAUGAUGCGAAAGAUGAUUCUUGUCAAAAGUGCAAUGAUGAAAGUGGGAAGCUUCUAUCCUGUGAGACUUGUACCUAUUCCUUUCAUCCAAAAUGUUUGGUUCCUCACGUGAAAGCUCCUUUUCCUACAAACUGGAGGUGUCCUGAAUGUGUAAGCCCUUUAAAUGACGUUGAAAAGAUCCUAGACUCUGAAAUGCGUCCUAUAGUACCCAAUGAUAGUGACUCCUUAGAGAUGAGCUCUGGUCAAUCGCCUGUGAAACAUUACCUGGUCAAGUGGAAAGGAUUAUCUUAUCUCCAUUGCACAUGGGUGUCUGAGAAAGAGUUUCAUAAAGCGUAUAAGGAAUGUCCUCGUUUGAAGAUGAAAGUCGUUAAUUUUCACAAGCAGGAAUCUACAACUAAUAACUCUGAAGAUGAAUUUGUUGCAAUACGACCGGAAUGGACUACUGUCGACCGCGUCCUAGCUUGCAGGGGUGAUGAUGACGAGAAAGAGUAUUUUGUGAAAUGGAAAGAGCUCUCUUACGAUGAAUGUUAUUGGGAAUUUGAGUCAGACAUUUCAUCGUUUCAGAAAGAAAUUGAUAGAUUCCACGACAUCAAGCCUAGGCGUCAAACCAAACGCAAAAGUAAUGCUCGUGAUAAUGAAAAGGGAAAGAAAACAAAUGAUUUUCAGCCAUUUGAAGACAAUCCUGAAUUUCUAUCUGGAGGCUCACUCCAUCCGUAUCAGCUUGAAGGAUUAAAUUUCCUGCGCUUUUCAUGGUCCAAACAGACACAUGUGAUACUUGCAGAUGAGAUGGGCCUUGGCAAAACCAUACAGAGUAUUGCAUUUUUAGCUUCUCUCUUUGAAGAUAACAUCCGUCCACAUAUAGUGGUAGCACCACUCUCCACAUUGCGCAACUGGGAACGCGAAUUUGCAAUGUGGGCUCCUCAAAUGAAUGUUGUUAUGUAUGUUGGUUCUUCUCAAGCACGCUCUGUCAUAAGGGAGUACGAGUUUUACUUCCCUAAAAGCUCUAAAAAGAAAAAGAAGUCUGGUCAGACUGUAGUCAAAAGUAAGCAAGAUAGGAUAAAAUUUGAUGUCCUGCUGACAUCAUAUGAGAUGAUCAAUUUGGAUACUGCUUCUCUGAAACACAUACAAUGGGAGUGUAUGAUUGUUGAUGAGGGCCAUCGUCUGAAAAAUAAGGAUUCAAAACUGUUUUCCCUUUUGAAGCAGUUUUUAAGCAAGCACCGAGUGCUUUUAACUGGAACUCCUCUUCAGAAUAAUCUGGAUGAACUUUUCAUGUUGAUGCACUUCCUUGAUACUGGAAAGUUUGGAAGUUUAGAGGAGUUUCAGGAGGAGUUCAAGGAUAUUAACCAAGAGGAGCAAAUUUUGCGUCUUCAUAAAAUGUUGGCUCCCCAUUUGCUUAGAAGAGUGAAGAAAGAUGUGAUGAAGGAGCUACCUCCAAAAAAGGAGCUUAUUUUACGUGUAGAUUUGAGUAGCAAACAGAAAGAAUAUUACAAGGCUAUUUUGACUCGGAACUAUGAGAUCCUAACUAGAAAAGGUGGAGCACAGAUCUCUCUUAUCAACGUCGUAAUGGAAUUACGCAAAGUCUGCUGUCAUCCAUAUAUGCUUGAGGGUGUUGAACCUGAUAUACCAGAUCCGAAAGAGUCUUUCAAACAAUUGUUAGAAUCAUCUAAGAAGUUACAACUACUGGACAAGUUGAUGCUAAAACUUAAAGAGCAAGGUCAUAGAGUUCUGAUUUAUUCACAGUUUCAGCACAUGCUGGACUUGCUAGAAGAUUACGUAAUCCACAGAAAAUGGCAAUAUGAAAGGAUUGAUGGCAAAGUUGGAGGAGCCGAGAGGCAAAUAAGAAUAGACCGGUUUAAUGGCAAGAAUUCCUCCAGAUUUUGUUUUCUUUUAUCAACUAGAGCUGGGGGUUUGGGAAUAAAUUUAGCAACUGCCGACACAGUUAUCAUAUAUGACAGUGAUUGGAAUCCCCAUGCUGAUUUGCAAGCAAUGGCUAGAGCCCAUCGUCUUGGACAAACAAAUAAGGUACUGAUUUACAGGCUUAUAACGAGAGGAUCCAUUGAAGAAAGGAUGAUGCAAAUGACACAGAAGAAAAUGGUCUUAGAGCAUCUUGUUGUUGGAAAGCUUAAAUCACAAAACAUUAACCAGGAACAAUUAAAUGACAUCAUUAGGUAUGGUUCAAAGGAGCUAUUUGCUGAUGAAGAUGAUGAAACUGGAAAAUCCCGCCAAAUUCACUAUGAUGAUGAUGCAAUAGAUAGGUUACUUAACCGCGAACAAGUCGGGGAUGAAGACAGUAUUGAUGAUGAAGAAGAGGAGGAUGGAUUCUUAAAGGCUUUUAAGGUAGCCAAUUAUAAUUAUGUUGAUGAAGAAGAGAAAGGAAAAGAAGAUGAACAGCCAGUCCAGCCUGCUGAAGAUAUUUCUGCCAUCAACAAUCCCGAAAAGGCAAGCUAUUGGGAAGAGCUUCUUAAAGACAGAUAUGAAGUGCAUAAAGUUGACGAGCUUAAUGCAAUGGGGAAAGGAAAGAGAAGCCGUAAACAGAUGUUACAUAUUGAGGAUAAUGACUGCGCUGGUCUGGAAGAUGUAAGCUCUGAUGGUGAAGAUGAUGAUAACUAUGAAGCUGAGGUUGAAGCCGAUGCUGAAUUAAGUGAGGGUGAGACUUCAGUACCAGCUAUCCCUGUUGGGAAGAAGGCCUCCAGAAAGCGAGUUCGAGUGGAUCUAAUUCCUUUGAUGGAAGGAGAAGGAAGAUCAUUGAGGAUAAUGGGUUUCAAUCGAAAUCAAAGGGCUGCUUUUGUCCAAAUUUUGAUGAGGUUUGGACUUGGUGAAUAUGACUGGGCCGAGUUCACGUCAAGAUUGAAGCAAAAAACAUAUGAGGAAAUUAAUGAAUAUGCUAAUCUUUUUUUGGCUCACAUAUCUGAAAAUAUUACAGACGCCCCUACCUUUUCAGAUGGUGUGCCUAAGGAAGGGCUAAGAAUUGAAGAUUUACUCGUGAGGAUUUCAUUGUUAUCAAUGAUGCGGGAUAAAUUAAAGUUUGCCUCAGAAAAUCCUGGCAGUCCACUUUUUGAAGAUGAAAUACUGCUUUGCUGCCCAGGCAUUAAAAGUGGAAGGUCUUGGAAGGAAGAAUACGAUAUUUUGUUACUGCGUGCUGAACUGAGGCAUGGUUAUGGACGUUGGCAAGCAAUUGUCGAUGACAAGGAUCUGAAGAUUCAGGAGCUCAUUUGUCAGGAGCUGAAUCUUCCCUCCAUGACUGCUCCAGUCUUUGGAGCCCCACUAGUGAAUGAAGCUACAUCUAGCACUGAAUUUCCUGCUGCCAGCAACGGAGCACAAGGGCCUCAGGAUAUUGCUUCAUUAUCCCAAUAUCGAGAUCUGCAGAGAAAACUAGUUGAGUUUGUUAAGAAAAGACUUCUUCUUUUGGAGAAAGCCUUAACCCUGGAAUACCAAAAGGAAGUCUACGGAUAUGGCUCUCCUGCUGAAGCAGAAAAUGCAGAUGUUUUCGUUGCUGAAAGCAAUAUCGAGUUGCCAGAGAUGCAACCCUUGUCUGCAGCAGAAACCUCAGCAGCAACUGUUAAUAAGCCUGAUCAUUUGGAAUUGGCCCGUCUUUAUAAUGAGAUGUGCAAAGUAGUGGGCAAAAGCAAGCAAUCAGGUGGUUUCCAGUCGAGUGAGAACAACUCCUCGCUCGAAAAUAUUUCCCAGGAAAUAAAUAGGAUUCUGACGCCAAGUGCACCGUCUAAUUCAACAGUGCCGCCUGGAAAACCUGCUACAUGAAAUGAAACGAAGGUGUUAAUUUUGUCUGGUCGGUCUGUAAUGAUUAAAAUCCAUGCAACUGUUGUAAAACUAUUUCUAUACAACUGAUGUUGCAUCCGCAUGUAAAAUGAAAAAAAAAAUCAGUUGCUGUAUCGAAUAGAGUUUUGAUCUUUUGUCUAGCAUGAUACAUUUGUACAGGCCUGAUACAAUGGCUUUCUGUUUGCUAACCUAGAUAGGUUUAGUUUCAA